AUGCUUACAUUCACAUAUUCAAGUCUUUUCUCCUUGGUGCUUUUGUCCAGUCCUGUACUGGGCUUGGGAUUACACAAUCUAGAAUUCACACGACAGGUUGACCUGGCGGCUGAGCUAGGCAUAGAUCCAAGCCAAUAUUUAAACGAUCGCUCGACUUUCCAUUCUUUAAUAUCUCAUGAUCCGAACCAAGCUCCUGCGAUCCCAGCAGAAUAUGUCGAGAUUCCUAUUGACCAUUCCAAUGUGUCUGUUGGAACUUAUAAUAAUCGAUAUUGGGUAAAUGAAGAGUUCUUUGUCCCCGGAAGCCCAGUUAUCUUGUAUGACGCCGGGGAGUCCGGAGCAGAAGCGAUAGCCCAAUCCCGCUUAACGUCGGAUCUAUCUUUUUUUCGGAAAAUUCUGCAGGAAUUUCAGGCUGUAGGGAUUGUUUGGGAGCACCGAUACUUUGGAGACUCGCUUCCGUUUCCCGUUAAUAACAACACACCCGCGGAACAUUUACAGUAUCUCACCACUAAGCAGGCCCUGCAAGAUAUCCCCCAUUUUGCGAAAACGUUCUGUCGUAAAAGCCACCCCGAACUGGAUCUAACCCCCAAGUCCACACCAUGGGUCAUGGUUGGCGGAUCAUAUGCCGGGUCUCGGGCUGCCUUCACCCGUAACGAAUAUCCCGACACUAUUUUCGCUGCCUUUUCUUCGUCCGCUCCGGUGCAAGCUCGCGUUGAUAUGGGCAUAUACUACGAGCCGGUUUACCGGGGAAUGGUCGCUAACGGGCUUGGGAACUGCACCAAAGACAUUCAUGCGGCUCUCGACUAUAUCGACGAGCAGCUAGCAGACCCUCAAACGUCAGCCUCUAUCAAGAAGCUGUUCCUCGGCGAUGGAGCCGAAAACAAUAGCAACGAGGACUUCACCACGGCCCUAGGCGCUUUGUAUGGUUUUUUCCAAAACUACGGGACAGCCGGGACCAGCGUAGGGAGCCUGGAAGAAUUCUGCAACUACUUGGAGCUUGACCCGGAGACCAGCCAGACGGCGGGCCCAGAGGGACUGGCUCCAACCCUCGGAAACAAACAUUUGGCCGAGCGCUGGGCCUCGUGGCCUGUGUUCACGCCCCUGGUCAAUCUCAACACGGGGGCCAACUGCAGAAAAGAUGACGAUUCACUUCCCCUAGACUGCGAACUGAGCUCUGCGCUCACCGACCCGGACUCGAUCAGCUGGACAUGGAUGUAUUGUACGGAAUGGGGAUUUCUUCAAAGCAACAAUUUCGGACCCCACGGGCUUCUAUCUCGCUACCAAACGCUGGAGUACCAGCAAUGGAUCUGUGACCGACAGUUCCCCGGUAUGAUCCCAGCACAUCCGCAGGCCGAUGCGCUCAAUGCGGAGCUUGGUGGGUGGGAUAUCCGACCUUCCAACGUUUAUUUUAGCGGGGGUGAAUUCGAUCCUUGGCGCACGUUGUCCAUUGUGUCGACCGAAGAAAUCGCGCCACAAGACGUCACUUGGACAACCGAGAUCCCCGAGUGCGGAGAGACAAGCACGAACACGGUAUUUGGACAGAUUCUUGAAAACUCGAUGCACUGCUAUGACUUUCAGCUCGUGUCCACGGCGGGCAAGGGUUCACGUGAGUUGUUUAAUGCGGCGCUGAAGGAGUGGCUGAAAUGUUAUCAGCCCGCCGAAGGAAGCGGAUCCAAGCACUGA